AUGGCGGCGUUCCCUUUCCUGCCGGAAGUUAUGGCUAUCUCUGACAACAGAGCGGAGGAGGGAAAGGUCCUUCGGACAAUGAAACCAUAGAGUGGGAGCGGGGAGGAGAGGCCGCUCUGCCUCGCUGGGAGCCGGAGAGCUCUAUGCUGCGUGGCGGGGGCUCCAACGGAAGAGCUCGGGAGGCCUGGAGCAGCUGAGCGGCCAGGUGGGGAGAGAGGCCCGCUGGAAGAGCGAGCAGCUUUGCUAUCACCAGGCAGCACUGAGUGGAUUCUAGAUCCCAAGCCCUUCCUCUGGUUACGAUCCGGAUUGACGCCCUGCCACAGACAAAGAAGACUUUUGUGGGCUUUUGUUGUGCCAGCCCCACCGAAACACUCAUGGCACUGAAGGCAGAAGCUCCCCUCUUGGACUACCUCAAGGUCUCUUUGAAGUGCAAAACGGAGAAGGAGAAGGAGAAAGUGGCCGCAGGGCAUCUGCUCCCCAGCUGCCCCCCAGUCAGGCUGGAUGGGCCCCACGCAGAUCCCGUGGACAGAGGAGAGCGGCUGGUUGUAAUCCCGGUGGCCGAGGUUGGCCCAGAAGAGGCAGGCAGCUCCUGGAGUCAGGAGUACCUGAUUGCCGAGAGCUCGGGGGGCAGCCAGCCAGUGUGCAUGGUGUGCGGCGGCAACCUGAGCGCCUCAGGGCCUGUGGCCGCCCGCAAACACAUUCUGGAGCAUCACGCCCACUCCUUGGACUUCAGCUUCGAAGAGAAGCGCAACAUCCUGGAAGCCUGGAGCGAAGGGGUGGUGCUUCCUGAGCCAGAGCCACAACCUUCCCCUGCAGGCGACCCCGGCAAGAGCAAGCAGCCGGCUGAGAUAGAGGUGCUCCUCGAUUCGGAGGAGCGGCAGCCGGCGAGUCGGAAGCGUGGGCAACUGAGAGCGCGUUGCGACCCUGAACGGCGAUCACAAGGCCAGCAGAGGCGGCACAGCUUGAGCACCAUCAAAGACAUGAGCAAGCAUCCCAGCAAGACCACAGGGAAGGAAUGGCUCUCCGAAUGUGGGGUCCCAGGCUCGGCACCUGCCGAAAUCCGUAUCUUCACGGACGGCACUUUCCCAGCUGGCUUUGCCUUGAAACUGUACUGCCGGACUCAACCGGAACCACCCCAGGACUCUGAAGCAAAGCCAGGCCCAAGGAAGAGAGCAGUGGAUCGCAAAUGCUCGGUGUCUUUACUUCGGCUCCACUCCACGGAUCCUCCUCCCCGCCAGCUCUGCCCACCACGGGACCCUGCCCCUCGCGCCCUGGCCAACGCCCCCGGCAGCAACGCCAAAGAUUGCGACGCCAAGCCCCGCCGGCAGCGGGCGGCAGCGGGCAGCGAGGACGCCCCUCUCCUGGCCAAGAGCUUCAACCCCACCUGGCGCGCCCGCUUCCUCGUGGACUUUGACGCCGCGGCCAACCACCUGGUCUGCAUGGUGUGCGAGUACCCUCUGCGCCGCGUCUGCCUGGCCACCGUCAAGCAGCACAUCCUCCAGUGCCACGCCGAGACCCUCCACCUCCCGCGGGAGGUCCGCCGCACCAUCCGUGAAGUCUGGGAGAGCAGGGGCCAGUCCCCCUCUGCGGCCCCCAGGAAAUGAAGGGGAGCUUGGCCGUCACCCAUCCCACCCCUCCAAUAUGCCAAUGUGGCGACGUAAGUCGUUGGACUGGCCACCCAUGGCAGCUGGGGGGUGGGCCGGUGGAAGAAAGUUUAGGCACCCAGUUACUUAGUGGGGUUCAUUCUUUCCCCUCUCGGGCUCCCUACCCGGAGGGCGCCUCGUUCUUGUCUCGUUUCGUUACUCAAGCAUGUUCGGGGGUCAGCCACGGCCUCUUCUGUCUUUGUGCCUGCCCUCUGUUCCCCACAAGUCCGCCUGAUCACUACCACGGAGGAUGAUGGGAGGAAGGUGAAUGUUUUGUGUGUCUGUGUGGCAGGAGAGGGAAAUGGCCAUUGCUGCCUCGCCUCCAAAGGUUUGGGGGAGACCCUUCACGUGGCAACUACCCCCCCACACACCCCAUGUGUUCCCAAAAGUUUGCCUCUCUGUCUCCCCAGAGAGAGCAGGGGUGGUGGAGCGUAUCAGGAGGUGGAGCUCUGCCUGACCGGGGAUUCCCGCCGCCUAAUCGGUUAGUUUCCAAACCAGCGGAACAGGCAAGGGGUGCCUCUGGUUCCCUCCUUGGCAAUAAUGUUUUCCCCUCUGACACUCCACUGACACUCCAGCUAACAGGGCACAAUACUUAGGACCCAUGGCAGGGCAGGAUGAGGCUUCACACCCUGUUAUAUGACUUUUAAUAGGCACACACCCGAGCGGGGAGGGGGGGCAGCGCCAUUGCCCAGCACCUUCCCAGGGAUGAGUUACAUUAAAGGGAAUCCGAGUUGUUGUUAUACAAAGGAACAAUAAAUUAUUUUUAUGAUA